AUGGCAGGCACCAACACACAGUCGCUUCAACGGCAACAGCGACAGCGACAGCGACAGCAGAUCAUGAUCCAAGCUCGGCGGCAACAGAUGCAAAUGAUGGCUGCUCAGAAACAGCAAAAGGAACAACAGAAGAAUGCUAUGAAAGCGAAUAUAAAUAGCAACAGCAGCGACAGUAGUAGCAUACACUUCCAAUCACAAUCUCAAACUAUGGGUACAGCGCAUGAUGACAUCCCAUUUCAACCCGCCGAUAUGAUCUUCACUAACAUAGGAAUUACAAAUUCCAAGUCUGAUAUUGUGAAUGCUUAUGAGGCCGCGUGUAGAAAUGGUUCUCUUUCUACAGUUCAAUCCAUCAUAAGAGCUGAGAGCCGCACCCCUUAUUUUCUUAACCAUGGUCUCAACCUCGCUCUACGGAAUGGGAAUGGUGAAGUUGUUAGAUAUCUACUGUCAUCUGGAGCGCCAAUUGCCCGAGUAACGCCAGCUCAAAUACUAUCAGCACCUUCUUCCCAACGAACUCCGCUCUUUGAGCUACUUUUCGAGUUUAGCUGGACGCCUAACACUCCAGGCUUUUAUGGACAGGUUCUGCUUCCUGAAUUAGUUACCAACAUUUCUCUUCUCCGUUGGUUUCUCUCCCACGGAGCAAAUCCAAACCUCGGUGCUCAACGUCUUCAUCACGCUCGAUUUGGAGAUCCCGAAAUAAAUUCAUGCGCUACCCUGGAAUCUUCAGCCGCAAAAGCAGAUGUAAAAACUGUACGCCUACUCCUAGAACACGGAGCCAAGAUUGAAAAUGGAUAUCCUUUACACUAUGCUGCUGGCUCAUGCCCUCCGGGAACAAACCCACAUGUGGCUCUCGUGACCCCAAGUACAGAAUUCGAUAUUGGUCGAAUUCCAGUCAUGGAGCUAUUGGUUUCACGUGGGGCCGAUGUAAAUCAGAAGGAAGAGUCAAGAUAUAUGGUACCCGGCUAUCCGAUUGUGUAUGCGGUUAUGGCAGGAGCAGUGGAGAGAGUUCGUUGGCUUCUGGAUCGUGGCGCGAAUCCGGAGUUGAGAGGUUCGUAUGGGAGUGCGGUGAGCUAUGUGGAGGUGAUGGGAAGUGAGGAGAUGAGAUGUGUUGUCGCGGAGGGUUUAAGGGCAGGAAAGUGGUUGAAGGAUGAAAAAGAGGUGGGCUCUUCUCAACGAUCAUGGGUAAAUUAA